UGCAAGUGUAUUUGGACUUUUUUUUUUAGAUUUGCGAUGCACCUCGUUCCAUUGACGUGAUUACAGAAACAAGGAUGGAGGGUGAAUUAAGGAUUGUGGUGAAAUGGAGCGGAAAAGAAUAUGAUAUUCUCGAUAUUCAAGAGGAAGAUACUGUUCUCACCCUGAAAGAACGUAUACACAGGGAAACGGGCGUCCGUCCUGAGCGACAGAAACUACUGAACCUUAAAUUUAAAGGUAAAGCAGCGCAAAAUGAAGACAUAAUUGGCAAGCUAAACUUGAAACCUGGCUUUAAACUGAUGUUAAUGGGCUCCCGUGAGGAAGAUAUCGCAGAAGCCAGUCAAGCACCAGAGAACGUACCUGAUGUGAUCAAUGAUCUAGAUAUAGAGGAAGAAGAAGUAGAGAUUGAAAAAGCUGAGAUAAAUCUACGUAAAAUCCAGAUACGAAUCGAUCGCUACGUGAUCACAGAACUGAAUCCUCUAAGGGAAGGUAAAAAGCUUCUUGUGUUGGAUAUAGACUAUACUUUAUUCGAUCAUAGAUCAGUGGCAGAAAGUGGAUCACAACUAAUGCGUCCAUAUCUUCAUGAAUUCUUGACACGCGCUUACAAAAAUUAUGAUAUAGUCAUCUGGUCGGCGACUAGCAUGAGAUGGAUUAAUGAAAAAAUGAAAUUACUGGGAGUUUCAAAUCAUCCAGAUUACAAAAUAGCUUUUCACCUGGAUGUCCUUGCUAUGAUCACUGUUCACACCCCAAAGUAUGGUGUUGUUGGAGUAAAACCAUUGGGCAUCAUCUGGGGAAAGUACAAGCAGUUCUCAGCGAAAAAUACAAUAAUGUUUGACGACAUCAGAAGAAAUUUCAUAAUGAAUCCACAAUCAGGAUUGAGAAUAAAACCUUUUAAACACGCUCACACCAGUAGAGUCAAAGACUUUGAGCUGCUUAAGCUAUCGAGAUACUUAGAGUUAAUAGCCGACGUUGAUGACUUUCAAAUACUUAAUCACAGAAAAUGGGAAGAAUAUAAACCCAAAAAGAAUGACCAAACCAGAGAACAAACCACCAGCGAUGAAAAGAGUUAAAUGUUUGAUAAAACACUGAUUUUUCUUCCUGAUCUAUACUUUGGUGGAAGCAAGCAAAUAUCAAUUGAUAAAGGAAAGCAAUUUGAAGACUGUAUAUAAUGAAAUGUAUGUAUGAAAGGAUGCAUUUGUCAGUUAUUUCAAAAUUGUGGCUACAAGACUGUCCCAUCGCAUGCAUUAUAUGUGAGAACAAUGGGAUUAAUUUGACUAAUGGAUCCUCUGUUACAAGAAAUUUUUACAAUAAUGCGUGAUAUUAAACUCUCUAAAAAUACACAUAUUUUCACAUGUCUCUUUGUAUUUGUGAUGUAUCUACUGGUUGUGUUAUACUGUACGUAUAUAUAAGAGCCAUUUAAACAAAACGCACGUAUGGUCGAGUAAGAGUACGCGCGCGCAAUGUUAUAAUGCGUUUAAGUAAGUCCGCCUGCUCCGUCAUGCGUGCGAUAUUUCCUACGUGUAUUCUCUAUAUGUAUAUGUCUCGCGAAAGUUGGUAAACUUAUCGAGUUUCGCGACACGACAUGAAACAAUUUAAUUCUUUACAUUUACAUGAUCACACUGCGGGUUCCGUGCGGUAUAUUUCAGCUAUUAACACGUAAUGUGUGCGCUCCACACCAAUUAUGCAAAUCGCAAUGUCUCGCUAACUUAAAUAUUAUACGCAAACAAUGACGAGUUUGAUUGCUAAUACACGAAGUGUUCAAGAGUUUUUAAACUUUUUCAUAAAAAAAAAUACUGUUUCCAUUUUUUUGUAAAAGUUUGAAGUAUUAAAAAAAGGACGUAAAAUAUAAAAAAUGUAUACGGUGAUUGUAAUAAAGCUCAUUUAUCUGGAAAUUUUGCUUUCAAUUUUGUCUAUCUUCUUUCGAAGUUUUUUGGAUCUAUAAUUGUUAAAAAUAUGACGAUCAAACAUAUAUUUACCCAGAAUAUGUUCGCAAUA